AUGGGAGACGAUCACGAGGACCUUGAAUGGGAACUGGAAGAAGGAAUUCCUCAAUUCGAGGACCCUUUCAUUCAGCAGUAUUUGAAGGGACGCGAUGCUCUGGUCCAGGAAGAGCAAAAGCGACGUCAUGAUGCGAACCUGCGCAAAUCUUUGUCUCCGAUCGCCGCCCGGGCAGCAAAGAUUGUAUCGCAAAUCCGCACCCAAGAGCAGCAUGAAGUAUGGACUGCUGGAUUGGACGAAGCGACUGCCCACCAGUCAGAUGAGAUUCUCUACCCAGGUGUGAUGUUUAACCUCGCAAAAGGUCGUAUGGAGAAGACCAAACUCUGGAAAAUUGUUGAAAAGAUGCCAAAAGGAUCUCUGCUCCACGCCCACAUGGACGCUAUGUUUGAUAUCGACUUUCUGGUUGACCUGGCAUUCUCCACACCGGGGAUGCACAUCUUGGCACCGAAGCCCUUGAUCACCGAAACUGAUUACGAGUGGGCACCUGUAUCUUUCCGGUAUUCCUCGCAGCCGUUGGAAGCGUCGGAGAACAAGCCCAGCAUUUGGUCGGAGACAUACGAGCCGUCUUCUUUGAUCUCAGUCCAAAAAGCAGCCUCGUCUUUCCCCAAGGGAGGCGAGAAAGGGUUCCGCGAAUGGUUGAGCGGGCGAUGCAUACUUCUACCGGAACAUUCGUAUCACCACCAUCAUGGUGUUGACGCGAUCUGGACUCACUUUGCGAAGACUUUCCCGGUGAUCGACUCGCUUUUGAUGUAUGAGCCUAUUUUCAGAGCUGGUCUUCUCCGCAUGCUGGGACAGCUUGCCGCAGAUGGAGUUCGAUACGUGGAAUUCCGCUUCGGUUUCAGUAAUGAUUACAGGAGGGAAGGACACGAUGAAGCGGAUGAAGAUAUGCUUGGGUGGUUCAGCAUGGUGGAAGAGGUGGUGGAGCAAUUCAAGAAGACAGAAGAAGGAAAGGACUUCUACGGUGUUCGCAUUAUCUGGGUUACGCUUCGCCGCUUUUCCAACAAGGCUAUUGUUCAGACCAUGAAGCAGUGCAUUGCAACAAAGCAAGAGUUCCCCGAAAUGAUCUGUGGAUUUGAUCUUGUCGGACAAGAAGAUUUGGGCAGACCUCUUGCCGACCUUGUUCCAUUGCUAUUCUGGUUCCGAAAACAGUGCGCCGAAGAAGAAGUUGACAUUCCCUUCUUUUUCCACGCCGGUGAGUGUCUAGGCGACGGCGACGAAACAGACCAGAAUCUUUUCGAUGCUAUCCUUCUCGGCACGCGGCGAAUCGGCCAUGGAUUCUCUCUAUUCAAGCACCCCUUGUUGAUUGAUUUGGUCAAAGAAAAGAAGAUUCUCAUUGAAUGUUGCCCCAUCUCAAACGAAAUUCUCCGGCUCACAAGCUCCAUCAAAGCCCACCCCCUGCCCGCGCUAUUGGCCAGAGGUGUGCCCGUCUCUUUGUGCAACGAUGACCCCGCUAUUCUUGGACAUGGGAAACACGGAUUGACCCAUGACUUCUGGCAGGUCUUGCAGGGGUUAGAAAAUGUGGAUCUGGUUGGCCUAUCGAUGAUGGCUCAGAACUCUAUCCGAUGGAGCUGUUAUGAAGAUGAGUCGACCGCGGAGUGGAAGGCUGGCAUUCAGAACGGGGUUAUGGGUAAAGGAUUGAAAUCAGCACGCCUACGUGAUUUUGGUUCAGAAUUUGAGAAAUUUUGCGAAUGGAUUGUGCUGGAGUUUGCAGAGUUUGACGUUGAUGAAGAUUGA